CAUCUCGUUUACUCCUCCGUUCUUCCGGUCGCCGGUCCGUCCUCUGUUCAGAAAUGUCUGACAUGUGGAGGUGAAGACGCUGUUUGAAGGACGCCAUGAUGUCCCACUUCAGGAGUGCAUGCCGCAGCCUCUCAGGUGUCUGCAGGCGUGGAACCAGCAUCCCUCUGGUCCGGGCCAGCUCCACCUCCAGCAGCGGGCUGAUCCUGCACUCCCAGUCCACCGACGUGUACCAGAACCUGGCUCUGGAGGACUGGAUUGACGCCAACAUGGACCUGGAGCGGUGCAGCGUCCUGCUGCUGUGGAGGAACGGGCCGUCCGUGGUUAUCGGGCGCCACCAGAACCCCUGGACUGAGUGCAACCUGCCAGCCAUGAGGAGGGCAGGUGUCCCUCUGGCACGCAGGCGCAGCGGUGGCGGCACUGUCUUCCACGACCUCGGGAACCUCAACCUGACGUUCUUCACAUCAAAGAACUCGUACGACCGGCGGAGGAACCUGAAGGUUGUCACCGACGCUCUGAGGCGGAUCCGGCCGGGACUCGACGUCCAGGCCACCGAUCGGUUUGACAUUUUACUCAACGGGCACCUCAAGAUCUCAGGAACGGCAUCCCGGCUGAGCAGGAAGUCGUCGUACCAUCACUGCACCCUGCUGCACUCUGCCGACCGGUCUGCCCUCGCCGAUAUGCUCCGCCCCUCCUGCCCUGGUAUCCAUAGCAACGCCACACCUAGCGUUCCCUCGCCUACCGCCAACCUGCUGGACCACGCCCCCACGCUGCAGUGGGAGGAGCUGCUGGACGCCAUGGUGCACCAAUACAAUGAAGAGUUCAGCUUCAACGCCGUCUCCAAGACCGUCCACCCGGCUGACGAGUCUGCGUUUCCUGGUCUCGGCAAGGCGGAGGUGGAGCUGCGCAGCUGGGACUGGAGGUUCGCUAGGACGCCGAAUUUCAGCGUCCAGACGCUCCUGGAGCUGACGGACGACGGAUCGCCCGCUCGCUGCUCCGCUCGGCUCCACCUGGAGGUGAAGAAAGGCGUGAUCGAGAGCUGCGAGCUGGACGUUCCUGCAGACUGGCUCCCUCGGCGGCUGAGCGGCGAGCUGAGCGACGUGCUGGUCGGCGAGAGGUUUUGUCCUCACCGAGCAGCCGCCGCUCUUUCUGCGCUGCAGCGGCUGGAGAGCGGAGAGCUGCAGAGCAGGAUGAGCAGACUUUGUGACGCUUUGGUGUCUGUGAUGGGCUGAAAUAAACCUUAUUUUAUCUUUUUCUGAAA